GGAGAGACACCAUUAAUGUGGGCAGCUCUGAGCGGCAACGCGAUCAUUGUUGAAUUACUUCUGCGGGCGGGAGCAAGCAUUGAUGCUCGUGGCCGCGGAUUUUGCACUCCUCUCCUGUGGGCGACCAUCUGCGGGCAUCUGCCGGCCGUCCAUCUUCUACUUAAGCAUGGCGCGGAUGUUAACGUUCAAGAUGCCGGGGGUCGCACUCCACUGCACUGGUCGUCUAAGAAAGGGCACACAGCAAUUGCCCAAAGAUUGCUUGAAUUCGAAGCAAAAGUCGACCUCAAAGACGCACAAGCUCAGACUCCUUUGAUUUGCGCAGCGAAGAACGGUCAUAAAUUAACAAUGGAAGUCUUGAUC